UUGAAGUCUUCGAGGCGAGCGAGACUGGAUGAUGGCGAUCACGCAAUUCGUAUACAGUCAUCUUUGUACGCGCAGAUGUCCAGCUCCAGCAGGUCCUCUCUUUGCAGAACAUGCAACAGCGAGAACAUCGCCCAGAGACGUGAACUGUCCUUCAAUGCCCACGUGGCUAUAAGGCGACAAGGCCACACGACGAGACGUCUGUAAGAGAACACCCUCGGUUUCUGGUCGUGCACAGCUGGAAGCACAAAUCGCUCAGCUCUGAUCAUUGCUGAGAAAUCACAGAAGCCGGGAGCCGGUCAAGGUCCUUGGCGAAAAGUUGGAAUCUCCGGCGAUGCAUGAAACUCGUCCUUCGUCGCUGAAGACUUCGGGGCUUGAGAGAGCCGGUACGUUUGAUGGCAAUUCGAGUGGCAAUGAAGACCUGUCAUUUUUCCAUGCACAGAUUAUCAUUCUACGACAUUUUCGUGUUACUAAAUCAUAUGCAUCAUUGGCGGAAUAUAGUAAUAAGGGAUGUCCGAUAAGGAAAUUUGCAGUUCUUGACAUUAUGCGUGGUCAUCAUGGACAGGUAUUGUACCUUCACCGUAUCGUCCUCGUACCGCCGUCUGCCUUGCAGGUACUGUACUAUGCUGUGUGCGUUCCGUUGCAACACACCGCGGCCUCGAGGUUGCAACUCCGCGAAAAUCUCGCAGAAUGUGCCGUCAGCAGCCACCGCUUCAUUCCUUGUCAGCAUCACAGUGCGGCAGGUCCACCUUGGAGAUUUCGGCGGUGCAUGGACUGCCAAUGCCCCCUGACCGGAGAAUUAAACAGACCGGGAGAUUUUACAGACGCAUUAGUGUGCGGAAAUUUUUCUCCAUGCAGCGUCGCACGGUGAGACAUGUACGAGAAAGGGAUACACACGACGAACAAUGUAAUGCCUGGCAUCGAAACGUCUCGGCAUCAAACGGUAAUCAUAAAGCAGACUCGCAGGGACAGGAGGUGCUGUGUGUGAACAUCGGCCCAGCAUGAUACGGACAAGAUCAUCCAUCUUGCCGAGCGCACGAUUCGUCAGCCCUAUGAACAGAGUUCUGCACAAAUU